AUGGCACCUCACGCAAAUGACACACAUGGCUUUGCCACUGGCAUGACAGCAACUCAAAUACGCCAAGCACCAUCAACGGACUUUGUGGUCGACGCUGCAAACGUCAGCUAUGGGCAGGACGACAUUCUGAGCAAGUACAACUACCGAACGACCUCGGUCAAGCGUGUAGAUGGAAAGUAUGUCGCGCAGCCGAAGAACACCGUUUAUGACUUCAAGACCAAGCGGCACGUGGGCAAGGUCGGCGUCAUGUUGGUCGGCCUUGGAGGUAACAACGGCACGACUGUGACCGCUGGUAUCCUGGCCAACCGACGCAAACUGACAUGGGAGACUCGAGAGGGUCCUCGAGCUGCCAAUUACUACGGCUCCGUGGUCAUGAGCUCCACCGUCAAGCUCGGCACAGAAGCAGAGACUGGCGAAGACGUCAACAUUCCACUUCAGAGCAUGCUUCCUAUGGUACACCCCGACGACCUCGUCAUUGGAGGAUGGGACAUCAGCGGUAUGGACCUCGCCACAGCCAUGGACCGAGCGCAAGUACUUGAGCCGACGCUGAAGUCGCUCGUUAAGAAGGAGAUGGCCAACAUCAAGCCACUCCCAAGUAUCUACUACCCUGACUUCAUUGCCGCAAACCAAGGAGAUCGCGCUGAUAACGUGAUACCUGGCUCGAAAGCAUCCAUGGAGCAUGUCGAGCACUUGCGAAAGGACAUCCGGGAUUUCAAGGCCGACAACGAUUUGGAUAGAGUUAUCAUAUUAUGGACAGCCAACACAGAGCGAUACGCAGAUAUUGUACCUGGAGUGAAUGAUACCGCCAAGAACUUGAUGGACUCCAUCGCCGCUGGUAACGAAGAAAUUUCGCCUUCGACCGUCUUCGCCGUCGCAAGUAUCUUGGAGAACGCCCCCUUCAUCAACGGCUCUCCACAAAAUACCUUCGUCCCAGGUUGCAUCCAGCUGGCAGAACAACACAACGCUUUCAUCGGUGGCGACGACUUCAAGUCCGGUCAGACCAAGAUGAAGUCCGCCCUCGUCGACUUCCUUAUCAACGCCGGCAUCAAACUCACGUCCAUCGCAAGCUACAACCACCUCGGCAACAACGAUGGCAAGAACCUCUCCUCCCAGAAGCAGUUCCGCUCCAAGGAGAUCAGCAAGUCCAACGUCGUGGACGACAUGGUCGCUGCAAACAACGUCCUCUACAAGAAAGACGAGCACCCAGACCACACCGUCGUCAUCAAGUACAUGCCUGCCGUCGGCGACAACAAGCGUGCUCUCGAUGAGUACUACGCCGAGAUCUUCCUUGGUGGUCACCAGACCAUCAGCAUAUUCAACGUAUGCGAGGACUCUCUGCUAGCCUCGCCUCUUAUCAUUGACUUGGUCUUGAUUACCGAGCUCAUGACCAGGAUCCAAUGGCGUCACGAUGGCGAGGAGCAGUACAAGAACUUUAACAGUGUCCUGAGUGUAUUGAGUUACAUGCUCAAGGCGCCUUUGACGCCUUCUGGUACACCUGUUGUCAAUGCAUUGGCUAAGCAGAGGAGUGCUUUAAUCAACAUUAUGCGGGCUUGUGUUGGUCUUGAGCCGGAGAAUGACAUGACGCUCGAGCACAAGCUGUUCUAA